AUGUCAACCCACAAAGCCGCGGUGAUUCAUGCCCGGGACAAGCCGCUCGUUGUGGAAAAUGUCCCUCGCCCCGUAGCAUCGACUGGUGAUGCCAUUGUCCGCAUCCUGGCUGCUGAUAUUGUCCCCUACAUGAGGGAGGUCAUCACCAACCGACGCCCUUACCCGCUAUCCAUCCCCAUGACCCCCGGGAACACGGCCAUCGCGCGCAUCCAUGAAGUUGGACCCGACUGUGUCACCCUCACGCCGGGUCAGCUCGUCUUCUGCGACAUUACCAUCCGCGCGCGCGAUAACCCCGCCGUGACCAUGCUCUAUGGGAUUCACGGGGCAAUCCACCCGGCGGCGCAGAAACUCAUGGAUGGAGUCUGGCGCAAUGGAACGUACGCCGAAUACACGCGGUUCCCCCUGGAGAACUUGUAUCCGCUGGACGAGGAAGUUCUCUUGGGGCGAUUGGGAUACAGCAUCACCGACCUCUGCCUUCUGACCGCAUACCUGGUACCUUUUGGCGGGCUCGCCGAGGUGGACGUGAAACCGGGGGAGGUGGUGAUCGUGGCCCCGGCUACGGGGCGUUUUGGCGGUGGCGCGGUGGGUGCAGCCCUGGCCAUGGGGGCCACCGUCAUCGCGGCCGGGCGCAACAGGGCAGCUUUGGACAAGCUCGAACACAUCCACGGCACGCAACGACUUACAACCGUGCAAAUCACUGGCGACGAGGCCAGCGAUACCCAGUCCUUCCAGACAGCCGUCGGCCACCCCGACGGUGCCAAUGUGUACCUGGACCUUUCGCCCCCGACCAUCAAGGACUCGUCCUUAUUAGUUGCCGGCAUUCGCGCCCUGGGUUCGUUCGGUCGGUGUGUCCUCAUGGGCGGCCAUUUGGGGAAUAUUCAGCUGCCGUACGGGGAGAUCAUGUUCAAGGGCAUUCGCAUCCAGGGACGGUUCAUGUAUGAUCGUCCGCAUGUGUUCCGGCUGAUUCAGAUGGUGCGGUCUGGAUUGCUUCCGCUGGGCGAGAAGGGGGGCGUCACUCACACCGAGGAAUUUGGGUUGGAUGAGAUUGAGCGCGCAUUGGAUGCGGCAGGAAAGCUGAGUGGCUGGGGGGGACAGGUUGUGCUGAAGCCGUAG